AUGGCUUCCUCACUGGUGCCCGACUUUUCAUCGGUUAUGGUGGUUCUGGAGCGUUUAAAGGAGCUGGACGAAUACCUGAAAGAGGAGGAGGUACCGUUUGCACCUGAGGCCAGCCUCCACCUGAUGGAGAUAACGGCUGCUGUCAGCGAGCUGGAGGCAGACAGGCGCGCUGCUCGUGAACACUUGGAAGUGGAAAGUAUAGAAAACAGCAAACUGAGACACCAGAUCAACAACAUGCGUGAACAAAUGAGCAAGGAGAUCAUGGCUGAUGUAGCAGCGGCGCGAGCAUCGAAUGCCGAGGAGAUCCAGCAACUGUGCAAAGAUCUCAGUGCAGUCUCUCAGCUCCAAGAAGAAGCUACGAAAAUGCAGGAAUCCCUUCUCAGCCAAAACAAGUCCCUGUACCUGGAGCGGGAUCAGGCAAAGGCUAACCAUGAUACCAUCAUGGCUACUCUGAAUGAUCUACUUGCCCUAAAGUACAGCUCACAGAUGCAACUGAAUAUGACGUGGGAGAAUAUAGAGGAGCUGAAGUCCUGCAUUGCUGGCAUCGAGCAGGACAGGUUAACCCUGGAGCAGAACAUGAAGCUGGAGAGACAAGCCUCCUCCGUGAAAAGAAAUGACCUCUUGGAAGAGGUGAGCAAUGCUGAGGAGCAGACAGAGCAGCAAAACCACCUGAACAGGAGUAGCAGAAGAGAGCUGGAUAGCAUUACCAACAAGAAAGACAAAGCCCAGGGACGGCUGGAUGAGCUCAUGGAUGAGUUGGGUAAGGUCGAGAACAACAUACACAGACUGAAUGUGUCACGGCACCAUCAUGAGGAGCAGCUGGAAGUCCAAAAGCAACGGGAGCUGAGGCAACAGAGGGAUCUGCUGAAGGAGGAACUGCAUGAGUUGGAGGAAGCCUUCAGCCUCACUGUGCAGAACUUGCAAGAGGAAAUCGUCACAAUGGACAGUAAAAUAAAGGAGGGCAGAGCAUCAAAACAGCAUUUAGAGGCAGCCCUGACUCAGGUCUGUGAGGUGUUCAAGCAUCGGUACACUAAAGAGAACUUGGUCAGGGCUGACCAUCAGCAGGUCUCCCAGCAGCUGGAGUGGUCCAGGCUGCAGCUGGAGGAGUGUAUUGCCUCCAUCAUCAAGCAUGGCAGGGAGAUCAAAGAGAUGGAGAAGCAGGUCAAAGAGCUCAAGGAAACUGAUGUAAUUAACAAGCGUCUCUUUGAGAGGAAUCAGGAAGAGCUACGCGGCAACAUGGAUGCAGGAGAAAAGAAUGUGGGCUGGCUUCAGGAGGAGAAAGAGCGACUCCUGCAGCUCCUGGAGGAGGCAAAGAGGAAACAGGAGGAGCAUAUUGAGAAAAUGACAUCUGACAUCAGUAGUACCCAGAGAAGAUAUGAGGAGCUGCUUCAAAAAAAAGAAGCGCUCCUGAAGCAGGAGCCCAAGACCACUGAUGCCAGCCUCCUGAUGAGGCAUGUGACCCGGUCCAAGGAGGAGUACGAAAGAAUCGAGAGCUGGCAGCGCCAGGAGUUACAGCAGCUCACCACUGACGUCGACAAGGUUGCUCAGAGUGUUAAGGAGAAGCAGAGGAAGGUGGAGGAGAAGGAAAAGAUUCUGAAGAAGGUGGAGGCCGACUGGAGCGAUGAGCAGAACAGGCACCACAGGCUGGAAGUGCUUCUCAAUGAGCUGAGGAAGAGGAGGAGUGAGCUGGAGCUUUCAAUUCAGGCACUGAAGGAGAAAACCAGUGAACUCCUUCAGCCCAAAGAGGACAUGAAGGCUGAGCUGGAGGGGCUGCAAACGUGCCACAUCAACACGCUCCACAGACAGGCAUCUGAGCUGAGAGCCGUGGAGGUGGGCAUCUACGACUGUGGCGUGAAACUGGAGCAAGUCACCAUGGAGAACAGCAGGCUGCAGUUCCAUAUCAGUCAGAUGACGGAGGACAUCAAAACAGCCAAACAGGAGACGCACAAAUACUGGCAGGAGGCUCAGAAGUUCAGGCAAGACACAGAGGCAUUAUGGGAAAGCUUACAGCAAGCCUGGGCGGAGGAUUUAAUGUUAACCCAGGACCACGAGAGCAGUGAAGGCGUCCUGUUCAUGUCGAUUAGUUCUCUGCUUGACCGUCUGAAGAAUCGGAAACAGCAGUUAGGAAACAUUAGCAUGCUCCUUCACCAACAAAUGCUCGACUUCAGCAAACGACUGGGAGACAAGACCACAGCGAAACUAUGCAGCUGACUUUAUCCAGGAUGA